AUGUCCACCCUGCAGGAACUGUGCUCCGGCCUGCCCCUACGGCCUCUCCCUGAGAACCGGGGUCGCUGGGCAGGGGUACCCCAUGCCCCCAUCAGGACCCCCGGCCUCAGCCCAACAGAAGAGCAGCUGGCCCUGAAGAAUGCCUUGCGCUACUUCCCCCCAGAUGUCCAGAAGCUGCUGGCCCCUGAGUUUGCACAGGAGCUUCGACUGUACGGGCACAUCUACAUGUACCGGUUCUGCCCCAGCAUUGAAAUGAGGGCCUACCCAAUCCAGCAGUACCCCUGCCGGACGAGAGCCGCCGCCGCCAUCAUGCACAUGAUCAUGAACAACCUGGACCCCGCGGUGGCCCAGUUUCCCCAGGAGCUUGUGACCUACGGAGGAAACGGGCAGGUGUUCAGCAACUGGGCUCAGUUCCGGCUGACGAUGGCCUACUUGUCGCAGAUGACAGAGGAGCAGACCCUGGUCAUGUACAGUGGACACCCGAUGGGUCUCUUCCCGAGCGGCCCCAGUGCCCCCCGGCUGGUCAUCACCAAUGGGAUGGUCAUUCCCAACUACUCCUCCAGGGCCGAGUAUGAGAAGCUCUUCGCCUUGGGGGUUACCAUGUAUGGCCAGAUGACUGCCGGCAGCUAUUGCUAUAUCGGUCCCCAGGGAAUCGUCCACGGCACAGUGCUCACCGUGCUGAAUGCCGGACGUCGGUACCUGGGCGUCGAGGAUCUGGCCGGGAAGGUCUUCGUCACCUCCGGGCUGGGCGGAAUGAGUGGGGCUCAGGCCAAGGCCGCAGCCAUCGUGGGGUGCAUCGGCGUGAUCGCAGAGGUGGAUAAAGCAGCCCUCAUGAAGCGCCACAAGCAAGGCUGGCUGAUGGAAGUGACCGACAGCCUGGACCACUGCAUCGCAAGACUCAGGUACACCUGCCGUGGGAGCAGUGGUAUGGGGAGCGGCGAGGGUGGGGGGUGCGGGGCCACCCCACUUGGCUCCUUCACCUCCUGGCCACCUGCUGGGGUGGGGCGGGCAUCUCGGCAGGUGAGGGGACCAUCCCUGCGGCUCUUGUGUCUCCCUAGGGAAGCAAGGAAGAAGAAGGAGGUGCUCAGCCUCGGUUACCAUGGCAAUGUGGUGGAUCUUUGGGAGCGCCUGGUCCACGAACUGGACGCGACGGGGGAGCUCUUGGUGGACCUCGGGUCUGACCAGACAUCCUGCCACAACCCAUUCAACGGUGGCUACUACCCCGUGCAGCUGGGCUUCACAGAGGCCCAGAGCCUCAUGGCGUCUGACCCUGCUGCCUUCAAGGGCCUGGUCCAGGAAAGCCUGAGGAGGCAAGUCUCAGCCAUCAACAGGUUGGCCGAGGAGAAGUUCUUCUUUUGGGAUUACGGCAAUGCCUUCCUCUUGGAGGCCCAGCGAGCAGGCGCUGACGUGGAGAAGAGAGGAGCCAACAAGACAGAGUUCCGCUACCCCUCCUACGUCCAGCACAUUAUGGGGGACAUAUUCUCCCAGGGAUUUGGGCCCUUCCGCUGGGUGUGCACAUCGGGGGACCCCCAGGACCUGGCGGUCACGGAUCAGCUGGCCACAUCUGUGCUGGAGGAGGCCAUCGCCUAUGGAGUGAACCCGGCCGUGAAGAUGCAGUAUGCGGACAACAUCCGCUGGAUCCGGGAGGCUGCCAGGCACCGGCUGGUGGUGGGCUCCCAGGCAAGGAUUCUGUACUCAGACCAGAAAGGCCGAGUAGCCAUCGCUGUGGCCUUCAACCAAGCCAUCGCCUGUGGGAAGAUCAAGGCACCCGUGGUCCUGAGCAGAGACCACCACGAUGUGAGUGGCACAGACAGCCCCUUCCGGGAGACCUCCAAUAUCUACGACGGCUCUGCCUUCUGCGCAGACAUGGCCGUGCAGAACUUCGUGGGAGAUGCGUUUCGUGGAGCCACCUGGGUGUCUCUUCACAAUGGUGGAGGUGUUGGCUGGGGCGAAGUGAUCAACGGGGGAUUUGGCCUUGUGCUGGACGGGAGCCAGGAGGCCGAGCAGAAAGCCAGGAUGAUGCUUGGCUGGGACGUGUCCAACGGAGUGGCCCGGCGUUGCUGGUCUGGGAACCGCAAGGCCUACGAGAUCAUCCGCCAGACCAUGCAGGAGAACAAGGGCUUGGUGGUGACGCUCCCGCAGGAGGUGGUGGAUGAGCAGAUGCUCCAGCAGGCCUUGCGGCAGUGAG